AUGAAAAUAGCAAUUCGUAAAACUUCUCCACUUCUAAAAAUUGCAAAUAACUCUUUAGUUGACUUACCCACUCCUUCUAAUAUUAGAUCUAUAUGAAAUUUCGGAUCUUUAUUGGGAUUAUGUUUAAUUAUUCAAAUUGUUUCAGGAUUAUUUUUAUCUAUACAUUAUUGUCCUAAUGUAGAAUUAGCUUUUAAUAGAGUAGCUCACAUUAGUCGAGAUGUAAAUUAUGGAAGAUUAAUUCGAGCUCUUCAUGCUAAUGGGGCAUCCUUUUUCUUUAUUUGUUUAUACAUUCAUAUUGGACGAGGAAUCUACUACGGAUCUUAUUACUUAAUACAUACAUGAAUAAUAGGAGUAACAAUUUUCUUUGUAGUUAUAGGAACAGCUUUCCUUGGAUAUGUCCUACCUUGAGGUCAGAUAUCCUUUUGAGGAGCUACUGUAAUUACUAAUCUAGUAUCUGCUAUUCCAUACUUAGGUAUAACAAUUGUACAAUGAUUAUGAGGAGGAUUUGCUGUUGAUAAUGCAACUUUAAAUCGAUUUUUUGCUUUGCAUUUUCUUUUACCAUUCGUAGUAGCUGCUAUAACUAUAAUUCAUUUACUUUUCCUUCAUCAAACAGGUUCAAACAAUCCUUUAGGUACAAAAAGAGAUAUUGACAAACUCCCAUUCCACCCAUUUUUUUCAUGAAAGGAUUCUGUAGGAUUCUUAAUUAUAAGAUUUAUACUUAUUUCAUUAUCAUUAAUUAAUCCAUUCCUUCUAGGAGACCCAGAUAAUUUCACUCCUGCCAACCCUCUAGUAACCCCUGUUCAUAUUCAACCAGAAUGAUAUUUUCUAUUUGCUUAUGCUAUUUUACGAUCAAUUCCUAAUAAACUAGGAGGUGUAUUAGCACUAGUAGCAUCAAUUGCAAUUCUUUAUAUUCUUCCAUUCACAAACAAAAAAAAAUUCCAAAGAAAUCAAUUUUACCCAAUCAAUAAAUUAUUAUUUUGAUCCCUUUUUACAAUUGUAAUCUUAUUAACUUGAAUUGGUGCCCGUCCUGUAGAAGAUCCAUACAUCUUAACAGGCCAAAUCUUAACAGUAUUGUAUUUUUCUUAUUAUAUUAUCAACCCUAUAAUAAGAAAAAUAUGAGAUAAUAUUAUUUUUAAUUCUUAA